UUUGCGUUGAUAAUACUAUGUUACUCUGUUGUACUCCCUCACCGACGCAGCACAACAGUUUCUUUAGAAACUUACCCUCCUCUAAUUGUCACUUGGUCAUGCUAACUGUGGAGAUAACUCCAUGUCUGCUUUGGGCUUCUUUCGUGUUUAGAUCAACAGGGAAAGACGUUUUCUUUGACAGCUAUCUUACAUCUGCUUGUUAAUUUGCAUUGGUCAGUGUCUUAUGAUGAGCGAAUUUAACAAUGGUUGUAUCGGAAGGAAAUUGAAAGAAAGCUGAGAGGCUCAUUGACUUAUUGUAUUACUUCAAGUGGACUAGAGUUGGCCCUAAAAUCGAUUGUUUUGCGGUUGUCAAAUAAAAUCAUUCAUAUAGCCUGCAAAUAGAAGGUGUUUUCAGCACGAAACUACGAGUUCAAAGAAGCCCUCAUCUGAUUAACUGUACAACAGCAGAAAAUGAAUCAUUCGAACUCUCCGAGGAUUGAAAAUGCAAUUGAAUGCAAACACAUUUUCUUUAAGUCAUCUGUACAGCUAUCUGUACCUUGUUCUUACAGAAGCUUCAUUAUCGCAGCAGUUGUUAUCAAUUUAGUGGCCAGUCCUUUCACCGUUCUGUUGAACGCCAUAGUAAUGGUGGCCGUGAAAACCAAGAAACGACUACAAACUCUCCCUAACAUCUUGUUGGCAGGUAUGGCGCUGACAGAUCUUAUUUCUGGUCUCAUCACCCAACCCUUUUACAUAACCGUGACUAUUUACCUUGUGAAAGAAAAAACUUUUGGCGGAAUUUGUGACAUUAAUUUGGCUUUUAGCAUUUCCUAUUUCCUUACAUUCUGGACUUCAGUGGUACAUUUGUUUUUAAUCAGCGGAGAGCGUUACCUCGCCAUGAAAUACACUUUUUGUUAUUACCGCUUCAUCACCAAAGGUCGUCUAUUGGUAGCGUGUGCUGUGCCGUGGAUUACCUCAGCACUUCUCUUUUACACUUUCACACAAUCAGCAAAGUGUUUUUACAUUCUGGUAGCAUCUAUCAUUUUCACGACGAUUUUACUCCACAGACUUGUUUACAAAGAAGCCAAACGGCAUGAGGAAAAAAUUUCGUUGGAACAAGUUACGAUAGAAGCCAGGACCAAAUUUCAAGGGGAGAAGAAAGCCCUCAAAGUAACAUCGAUCAUUUUCGUCGCAAUAUUUCUUUGUUGCGUUUUGCCAGUUGCUGUCAGGACCAUAACAUGGAACGUUUUGAGCAGGCAUUUUUCGAGCGAUACAAAAACAUUCUUUCGUCAGGCUAGCAUGUUGCUGUCGUUUACCAACUCGCUGGUCAACCCUGUUAUUUAUACAGUACGAAAGAGAGAGUUUCGAUUUGCUUUUAGGGAGUUGCUUCUAGCAAAAUGUUUUAAGGAUACUGUGGACGUGAAAAGGAGCUUCAGUGUAUUUCGUUUAAGAAAAAGUAUCGUAAACCCAGAAGAUCAACGGGGAGAUGAAACAACCACCACAACCAAAGAACGAGGCUCGCACUGAAGAGUUAAAAAAAAAGGAAACAUACGCUUAAAAGCCUUGAAAUUAUCACUCGAAGGCAGUUAUGAACUGAAGUGGAAACAGUUUUUUUUAGGUUUUGGAAAAUAUUUUUCGGUUGGUGUCUUUUUUUAAGGUGAUGGCAAGACAGACAAACCACAAAAUGAACAUCACAUCUCCGCUGAGAAAUAGGUACCUGAUAGGUAUACGUAUGUGCUGCAACAGGAAGUUACUUUUUUGCGGUUCUAUUCGUGAUCAAGUAAUAUUGUUGAUUGUCCUGAUUUAUUUCCUACAACAACUGAACACUGUUCGCUAACUGAUGUAGUGAACGGCAAGAAUAUUAAUUACGAUACUUUUAAGACUAUUUUUAAAAGAACGUUUGUCGUGACACGAGAGAAGCGUGGUGGAAAUGGUUGAUGCAUACAGAAUUCCAAAUAAAAUAUGGUCUCUGACGACAAUGUUUAGUAGGAAAUCAGGUGUUUCUCUGAAAGACUAGUUGUAUCAAAUUAAUUAUACUCUGAAACCCUCCCUUAAAUUUGCAAGACAAAAAAAACGAUAUCGCAGAUCAACUUGUGAUUACAGGGUAAUAUAUUUAGUGUUUUUGCGGCACACUUCUCUCUACAUAUUUUUUCGUAAGUUUAUAGCCUUGAAAAGCUGUAACUAGAAACCUUCUGGUUGGUUGCCGUUUGUAAUUAAAUUAACACGCGAGUGAAAUGUUUACAUUUUGGUGAAUUAA